UAUUAUUAUUAUUAUUAUUAUUUCUCCCAGUUCUCUUGUUUCUUUCUUUUUUGUGUAUAUAUAUAUAUAACUAUGAUCAGAAGUGGGUGUCCUCGUGAUGAAUUUGACUUUAUGGAAGUAAUAGGUGCUGGUUCUUUUGGAUCUGUUCAUAGAGCCAUUCAAAAAUCUACUCAGAAAGUGGUGGCUAUUAAGAUCAUGAAAAGGAAGUUCACCUGUUCAACAGAAUGUGACCUUUUAUUAGAAUGCAAAAUAUUACGUCUUUUACCUCCUCAUAUGAAUAUUGUAAAGAACUACGACACAUUUUUUGCUCCUUCGAACGAACUUUAUUUUGUCAUGGAAUAUAUGAAUGGUGGUAAUCUAUAUCAACUUAUCAAAGAAAAACGGGAUAACGAUAUAUAUUUUACUACUGGUGAACUUCGAGAUAUCAUGCGACAAACUCUAGCUGCUGUCUCACAUUUACAUUCCAACCAUAUAUUUCAUCGUGAUUUGAAACCUGAAAACCUUUUACUUUCCACCUGUACUGGUCUUCCUAUCAUCAAACUGGCCGACUUUGGAUUGGCUCGUGAAACAAGUAGUUGUCCACCAUAUACAGAAUAUGUUAGCACACGAUGGUAUCGUGCUCCCGAAGUAUUACUACGAUCUUCUAAUUAUUCAUAUGCUGUUGAUUUAUGGGCUAUUGGUACCAUCUUCGCUGAACUGAUUAGUCGCCACCCUUUGUUUCCUGGUGAAUCCGAAAUUGAUCAACUAUAUCGUAUAUGUCAAGUAUUAGGAAGUCCUGGCAAUAAGUUUAUCAAUACCCCCAAUAAGAAGAAAAAUUUGCGACCCGAAAAAAAGGUUAGUCCUGGUUUUGCAAGAAGAAAAACUCUGGAUACAUCAGCUGCCCCAUCAAUUACCGAUUUAUCACAGUCUAUUCGACAACAACGUAGCAACAGUAACACAGCUUCAACUAUUUCUUUAUUGGAUGGUGGUGGAGUAUGGCGUGAAGGCGUGAAAUUGGCUCACAGAAUAGGUUUUGAAUUUCCUCAUUUAUUACCUCAACCUUUGGCAUCAGUGAUACCAGAAGCAACUCCAAUUAUGCUUGAUCUUUUACGACAGUUCCUAUUUUUUAAUCCUUCUCAACGAUUAAAAGCUCCAGAUGCGUUACAACACCCAUUCUUUUUGGAAAGUGAUAAUGAACCUUUGAAUCCCACUACAAUACAAACACCCAUAGCCAUAUCUACAAUACCAUCAACAGAUUUAACAACAACAGCACAAACAAACAAAUCAGAAGCACAAGACAAGGAAAAAAAUACAUCAAUCAUGCAAUCAAGAGAAUCAAUUACCACUGUAUUAGGCAAUGCUGACGAUAAAGUAAAGGAUGAGAUGAAACAAUCAUCAGAUAGGAUAGAUUCUCUCAGCAAAAUGAUACCAAGCAACAAACUACCAACAUCAAAAUGUACACACGCAAAUAAAACGAAGGAAGAUAAAGAACAACAGGAUACGAAUAAUAACCACAAUGAACCAUCUUCAAUAAGUCCUCCUUACAGUGGAAAAAGGCGACCAGACAGUACUGAUACGAUCAUGAUGGACGAUACAAAAUUACGAAAGACAGAUGCACCAAGUCCUCAUUAUUUUUCAAGUUAUUCCGGAAUGGAAGUCGAUUCACAACAACAUGAUGAUCAAAUACAUACUCAUCGACAUUUGAUCUUUCAUCCUCAUGAUACAAUCGAUGAAGUAUCCUCUAUGGAACAGCCACCUUCUAAUGGAGAUUAUUAUCAUCAAGAUGAUGGAACUUCGUCCUCUUCCAGAGGUCCAAGCAUGGAUAGAGAAAAUACUGAUUGGAUGUGGCUCAAGGUUUUAUGAAUACAUAUAUAUAUCUACAGUUUUAUCGCUCUUGAUUACUUGGUUUUUUUUUUUUUUAUUCCACUUCCUCAAUACGCUUUAGUCACAUAUUCAUAUACUGAUCUUUGUACAAACAUUGAUUUGUUAAUUAAAAUACCCCCAUUCCGUAUUCUUUUCUCAUUUAUGAUAUGCC